AUGGAAGUAUUCAAAAGAUUUCCGCAAAAGCCACCUUUUCAUCCACUAUUGAAGUGUAAAGAGGCCUGUCGUGAAGGAUCAGCCCUUGGAAAGAUGGUAAACUUUGCCUUUAUGGUGGGAAGACUUCCAAGUUGCAAGUUGGCGAUCCUAGAGACUUAUUUGAUAGCAUUUUGGAGGCACUAG